CUUGUUUUGGAGGAAGUGAACAGAACUCGGCUAGCAGCUAGCACGUUAGCUUGACAGGAAAAGCAAGCGUCAAACGGGAACAGGGCGAAAUAGACCAUUGUACUAGCUAAAUCGCUUCUGUUACUCGAAGGGAGAUAUACAUCGACAGUGGCAGUGUUGAUUUUGAUAAGUAGGGUUAGCUGCGAGGCUAGCUACCAGAGAGUAUUUAGCUGUCGACGCUCUAAACGUGUUUUUUUUUUACGGUAGACUUUAUAGGAGCUGUUAGCUAGGCUGCGCGUUAGCUAGCUAACGCUUCCAACCGAAGCAGAAGAAAAGUCCACUUUGAUAUUUUAUUUCUGCAGGAUCAUCGCCCAGCUGUGGCACAAUGACAUCAAGGAAGAAAGUACUACUCAAAGUCAUCAUCCUCGGAGACUCCGGAGUUGGGAAGACCUCGUUGAUGAACCAGUAUGUGAAUAAGAAGUUCAGUAACCAGUACAAAGCCACAAUAGGAGCGGAUUUCCUGACGAAAGAAGUCAUGGUGGAUGACAGACUUGUCACAAUGCAGAUUUGGGACACAGCAGGUCAGGAGAGGUUCCAGUCCUUAGGCGUAGCGUUCUACCGUGGAGCAGACUGCUGCGUCCUGGUGUUUGAUGUGACAGCACCCAACACCUUCAAGACUCUAGACAGCUGGAGAGACGAGUUCUUGAUCCAGGCCAGCCCUCGAGACCCGGAGAAUUUCCCCUUUGUUGUGCUGGGCAAUAAGAUCGACCUGGAGAACAGACAGGUAACAACCAAGCGAGCACAGGCUUGGUGUCAAAGUAAGAACAACAUCCCAUAUUUCGAAACCAGUGCCAAGGAGGCAAUCAAUGUGGAGCAGGCCUUCCAGACUAUUGCACGCAAUGCCCUUAAACAGGAGACCGAAGUGGAGUUGUACAACGAGUUCCCUGAGCCAAUAAAGCUGGACAGGAACGAGCGAGCCAAGCCGUCAGCGGAGACCUGCAGCUGCUGAGGAAUCGGAAGAUCUUCUGGGGAGGGAGGGCCCUCACUACCCUGUCUUGCCUUGUCUAUACAUCCCUUAUCCCAUGGCCCACUGUGUUAAUCCUUAAUGCCCAACAUACAAGCAGCAUCCAACUCAUUGAGUAUACUACUACACACAAACAUGCUGCACUCACCUCAUGUAUACAAAACACACAUUUUCUAUAAAAUGUGAGUCUCCUAGCCCAAAGAACACCUUAGGGAAACAUUAAGGAAUUUACUUGUACGAUGCUUAUUACUUCAGUGUUUCCCUAUGUACUUUUUCAUGGCGGUGGUGGUUUGGGCUAACUUCAUUUUCGGUUCCAUAAAUAUAUCCAACUGCUUUUAUUUGGAUACUUCACGUGAUAAAUCAAAGCAUUAUCUCUACAUGUUUGUGUUGACGAGUAAAGUUGAAAAACUAAUGUUUUUGUUUUUUUUGUUAUGUUUUUUAAAUCAGUUUCUUUAGCAGUGGUAGUUUUCUUACUUUCAUGGCCCACCACUGUGGCAUGAAUAGAGGAAACACUGCUUUUCCCCCCCCCCUCCCAUUUUACUCAUUUGUGUUGUGGCUUAAAUUUGUUUGAAUCUCAAAAACACUUGUAACCAUGGUUUCACUUAACCUCAUGCAAGCUAAAAAAACAAAAAAAAAAACUGAAGUAGUGAAGAUGAGACUGUGCAUGUGGGUCACAUUA